GUCAGUAUGAAAGUUAAUACUGACCGUUGAAGAUCGCCGAUUAGUCCAAACAAUGAAAUAAAUUUAACAAGAAGCGGAAAAAAGAAAAUAUUGGACACAUUUCAAACAAAUUUUAAAUUAAAAAUGGGUUCGAGUAGCAGUAAAACGGCGGAAAAUCUUCGCAUUAAGGUGGGUGGUGAUGUCGCGAAUGGUGGCAAGAAAUCUCCCCAGCUCAAUUGUAUUAAAACCACCAAAUAUACUUUGCUAACAUUUUUGCCCAUCAAUUUUUACGAACAAUUUCGGAGAGCGGUGUAUUUUUAUUUUUUGGUUGUGACGAUCAUAUCGUUUUUCGUGAAUAGUACACUUUCACCCAUGGUCUCUCUGAUCCCCCUAUUAUUUGUUAUGAUUGUUACCGGCAUUAAGGAGGCCCUUGAAGAUUAUCAACGUUAUAAAAACGAUAAUUUGGUCAAUUAUUCAAAGGUAACAAUUCUGCGCGAUGGUCAGGAGGUCGAAAUCGAAUCGCGUUAUGUAUGCCCGGGAGAUCUGGUGGUGGUGCGGUCCGAUUGCGAUGUACCCUGUGAUGUUGUAUUGUUGCAUAGCAGCGAUAAAAAUGGCAAAUGCUUUGUGACGACCGCCAAUUUGGAUGGUGAAACUAAUUUGAAAACGCUAACAAUUCCACGGGGACUUCCAAAGAUUGGCGAUUCUCAUUUAGAGGAUUUAAAUAAAUUGGGCACCAUUGAAUGUGAAAGUCCUCGAACGGAUUUAUAUACGUUUAAUGGAAAAAUUGAAGUGCAGGACACUUCAAUGAUAUUGCCACUGACAAGUGAUAAUCUUCUGUUGCGUGGUUCGAAGUUAAAAAAUACCGAAAUGGUAAUCGGCUGUGCUGUUUAUACGGGAAUGUCAACAAAGCUGCAGUUGAAUAGUCGUUACACAGGCAACAAAUCUGCAUCGAGUGAAAUCUAUAUAAAUAAGUUUUUGAUAUUUUUGGUGAUUCUAAUGAUUGUGGCCUGCAUUAUCCUGUAUAUGUUGGGAAGAUACGAAGAAGUCAAUACCGUACCAUUUAUGGACUAUUUGGGACCACCGAUUCAGGUCAAUGCCAUUGCCAAUAUUAUUGAAGAUUUUCUGGCUUUCCUGAUCCUCUUCAAUUAUAUGAUUCCGAUUUCGAUGUAUAUGAAUAUUGAAAUAUAUCGAGUAUUGAAUGCCUUCUUUUUACAACAAGAUCAGAAAUUAUAUGACUCCGAGACGGAUCAAAGAGCUGUUGUGAAUUCAUCAAAUUUAAAUGAAGAUUUGGGACAAGUUAAUAUUUUAUUUUCCGACAAAACUGGAACUCUGACCAAGAAUGAAAUGAUAUUCCAGCAGUGUUCGAUUGCGGGAAAGAAAUAUGUGUAUCGCAAUUAUUUUUUGGAGGAUUUGGAGUCGAAGCAAAUGUUGAGUGUCAAGGAGUUUGAGGAUAAGCAACUGGAGUUCUUUAAAGCCUUGACGUUGUGCCACACAGUACAGGUUGCCCAGACUCAAGGGGAUGACACGGCCGAUGACCAGUUGCAAUAUCAGGCAUCUAGUCCAGAUGAAAAGGCCCUGCUGGAAGCUUGCCGCCAAUUGGGUUUUAUUUAUCUGAGAGAUGAUAAUGAUAUUUUGAAAGUUAAAAUCCUGUCCAAUUCUAAAGACGUCAAUGCAUCAAAAAUUGAAAAUCAUAAACGUCUACAUAUUUUGGAAUUCACUUCGGAGCGUAAACGUAUGAGUGUAAUUGUGGCCGAUAAGGACGGUCGUAAAUGGCUAUAUACCAAGGGUGCAGAAAGUGCAGUCUUUGAAUUGUGUUCAGAACAAUCCAAGGAUAUGAUAAGGCAAACCGAUCCUCACAUCACCGAAUUUGCCAAAGAAGGUCUGAGAACUCUGGCUGUGGGAAGGAGGCUAAUUCCCGAAGAUGAAUAUGAAGAAUUUUGUAAUGAUCUCAUGGUAGCCCAUAAUACUUUGGAUCGAAGGCAGGAUUUAAUGAAUGAGUGCUAUAAACAUAUUGAGUGUGAGUUGGAACUAUUGGGCGCCACUGCUGUGGAGGACUCAUUGCAGGAAAAUGUCAGCGAAACGUUGACAGCUCUACAGAAAGCUGGCAUAAAAAUAUGGGUUUUGACUGGUGAUAAAGUGGAGACGGCCGUCAAUAUAGCCUUGGCCUGUGGUCACAUAUCUGCAGAUUCCAAACAACAUUUUAUUGUGGACUGUCAUUCAAAGGAGAAUUUACUGGAAUCUUUACAAAAAAUGCACAAUCAGUGUGAAAAUGAGGCGGAAAUCUCACAAUGGUCUCUUAUUAUGGACGGCAUUAGCUUGACUGUAGCCUCGAAGGAAGCUCCCGAAGAAUUCCGCACGGCUGCUCUGAAAUGUUCAGCAGUUUUAUGCUGCCGCCUAAAUCCUUUGCAAAAAUCAGAAGUGGUUACCUUGAUUAAAAAACAAAAAGGCUUUCUAACGGCCGCCAUUGGGGAUGGAGCCAAUGAUGUUUCGAUGAUUCAAGAGGCCGAUGUUGGCAUAGGGAUUAUGGGCAAAGAAGGUUUACAGGCUGCCCGCUGUUCAGAUUUUUCUAUAGCGAAAUUUUUCAUGCUCCAACGUUUGCUUUUGGUCCAUGGCCACUAUAAUACGGCAAGGUUGUCGUUUUUGGUCCUCUUUUAUUGUUACAAGAAUAUUUUGAUUACGGGCAUCAUGGUUUUGUUCCAGCUGUAUGAUUUAUAUUCGUCGACAUCGGUCUAUCAUUCGCUGUAUAUGUGGCUUUUCGAUGUGAUUUAUAUUUCGUUUAGUUUUACCUUUUUGGCCAUCAGCGAGAAACCCUAUUCGGAGGAGGUUUUAAUGAAAAAUCCACAUUUAUAUCAAAACAACUCGCAAAAUCGUCAAGUACGCUGGUCCGUAUUCCUAAGCUGGAUAUUAAAUGGAGCAUUCCAUUCGAUUGUCGUCUUUUUCUUUGCCUAUUUCUUCUUUACGCUCAACAAUGUCAUACUCAACGAUGGACAAACUGCUGAAUAUUAUAUUUUCGGUUCGAUUCUAAUACAAAUGGUGGUGGUGGUUGGCAAUUUGAAAUUAAUGCUGGAGUCGCAUUACCUCAGCUAUGUUUAUAUUGCCAUUAUAAUUGCCUCAUUCUUUGGCUUUGUACUGAGUACGGUUAUAUAUAAUUUUAUUGAUUUCCCGAAUAACCCUGGUCUAUAUCAUGCCUAUAAUCGUGUCUUUUGUUCCCUUCCCUCGUGGCUUUUUACAAUUGUAACGGCUGUGGCAUGUCUCAUACCCGACUACACUAUGAAGGUGGUACGCAGUUUAUUUAGCAAAACAUCAAAGCUGGAGCAGUGUCAUCGCAGAGGAGGUGUUUAGUUGACAAUUUUUUCCUUUAGAAUGGUGCGAUUAUUUGUCUGAAAAUAAAUACGAACAAACG